AGAUGAAAAAUUUCUUAUGCACCUUAUGUGCUCUACUGCCACUUAUGGCAACUGUAAUGGCAGAAGAAGAAGCCAAGACAGCUUCAGUAACACUCAAGGUGGAGAUGAGUGACGAUUCGAUGAAAGUGCUAGAGGGAGUGAAAUCGCUGAAUAGAAGGGAGCGAGAUUUGCUAGAAAAGAUGGCAGCAGAAGACGAAGCACGAGAUGUGGAGCCUGUGCGACCGAAACGAGAAGCUCCCGCCAAUCCUCUUCUUGCUUUAUUAAAACCAAAAACUGCACAAACGCAGCCCAGUAAGGACGUCAUACGCGCUAGGAUCCAAAGACGACGCAAGAGGCUUCAAAAAAUACGCAAAGCACGAAGAGCCAACCGUGUUCGCCGAAACAAGCACCGACGAGCCGUAGCUAAGGCUCGGCGUCAAGCGAAGGCUCGGCUACGUGCUCGCUUGAUCCGACAAAUUCAGAAGGCUAGAAUUCAACGAUCAAAGCAGAGGGCCAACGAGGCUAAGCUAGCUGAUCAGCUCAGCAGAGAAUGA